GUGACACUGACUAAAUGCGUUUGCUGAAAAAAUAAUGGCCUUAUCGUAGUAAACCGCUAGCAUGUCGUAAGUAGUGAACUUAAAAUUCAAGACGUGAACCGAGCCGGGUAUGUAACCUACUGGUUUGAUAGUCACAGAAUACAUUUGUAAGGUUGAUCGACCGACGGGCAUCUCGGGGUCUAAGUGGUAUAAACGUUGGACGAGGAGGACAGACGGAAGCUAUGACGGUCAGGAGAACCUGCCGACAUUCUCUGACAUGUCCAGCUUUGCUCGCCAUUUUUCUGCUAAGUGUGGCUGUACAGAUGGUGAGAACAUCGUCUGAAUCAGACCCCUACAAAAUCCUGGGUGUCAGCAGGAGUGCGAGUCAAGCAGAAAUCAAGAAGGCUUACAAGAAUCUGGCCAAAGAAUGGCACCCAGACAAGAAUAAGGACCCCAAAGCUGAAGACAUGUUCAUCAAGGUUUCCAAGUCAUAUGAGAUUCUGUCUAAUGAGGAACGGCGGUCCAACUUUGACCGCUAUGGCCAGGUGGAUGAAAACCAGCCCUAUGGACAGUCUCAGCAGCAAGGCUUCCGCGGCUUUCACAACAGCUUCUACUUCGAUGAGUCUUUUUUCCAUUUCCCCAGGUCCAGGGACUUUGCAGACAGCAAGUAUCUGCUUCACCACGCACAGUUUAACACUGAUGUCCUUCCAGACAGCCACAAGAGGCCGUACCUCAUCAAAGUGACCUCUGAGUGGUGCUUUGCAUGCAUCCACAUCGAGCCUGUGUGGAAGGAGACGGUGCAGGAGCUGGAGCCUCUGGGUGUUGGUAUUGGCAUUGUGGACCUGGGUUAUGAGCGUCGCCUGGCCAACCAGCUGGGCGCCCAUCGUGCACCCUCCAUCAUAGGGCUGGUGAACGGCAGAGUGACCUUCUUCCAUCAGGCUGUGGUUCGGGAGCACCUGCGACAGUUCAUAGAAGACCUGCUGCCCCAGAAACUGGUGGAAAAGGUCUCAGAUAACAACUACGUGGCUUUUAUGGAUAACUGGCAUGCUGAAAAUAAGCCCAGUGUUCUCUUGUUUGACCAAGUCCCUUCCGCCUCUCUACUGUACAAAUUAACAGCGUUUGCCUUCAGAGACUAUGUGCGCUUCGGCUACGUGGAUCAAGGUGAAACACACAGCACUCGAAUACUGCGGCAGUUCAACAUAAACACCUACGCCCCCACCAUGCUGCUCUUUAAGGAGGAUACACAGAAGCCUGUGGACAUCAUCCAGGCAAGAGGGAUGAAGCGACAGAUCAUGGAUGAGUUUGUCUCCAACAACAAGUUCCUGCAGGUGCCGCGGCUGGUCAACCAGCAGCUCUUUGAUGAGCUCUGUCCUGUAAAGCAGUUUCACCGUCGGAGGAAGUACUGUGUGCUGCUGAUCACAGGGGAGGACCCAGCCUUUCUCUCGGGCAAUAAGGCCUUCCUUGACUUUGCGUCGGCGAACAGUAAAGAGGUGCUGCGGUUUGCGUACGUCUAUCAGCGACACCAGCAGCCUCUCUGUCAGGCUCUGCUCCACAAUCAGGCCGCACUCUCACCUCAGGUUGUGCUUCUCGAGAGGCGGAGCCAGGCUGGCAGGGUUCUCUACCGCUCUGUAAGCGGCGGCUGGAAUGGCAGCGAGGAGGAUAAGUACCGUCUCCAUGAACAGCUGGAGCUCCUUCAGAAAGACCCCACGUACCUGACCUUGGAAUCCACCCUGCCUGAACUCAAUAACGAGAUGGCUCCGAUGUUUAUAAUUCAGUGGAUGAACGCUGCCUAUGAUUACAUCCUUCAAGUAUAUGAUGACCUCCUCUACUCAAACUGGCGAGAGAUGAUGCCCAUCCUGUCGCUGAUCUUCUCUGCCCUCUUCAUUCUGUUUGGCACAGUCAUAAUUCAGGCCUUCAGUGAGCCAGGUGAAAGCAAACCUCGUAAACCGAAACCAAAGGAGCAACCACAGACUGAGGAGGAGGCUUCGAGUCGAGCUAAUACCACAAGCCGUCCUCCGAAGAAGGACUUUGUGGAAGUGACCGAGCUGACAGACCUCACUUACACCAGCAACCUGGUCAAACUGAGGCCGGGACACAUCAAUGUCGUACUGGUGCUUACCAACGCCUCCAAGACCGCCCUGCUCAGGAAAUUUGCCAAGGAGGUUUUCUCUUUCUCUGGGACUCAGAAUCUCCACUUCUCCUUUCUCAACGCUGAUAAGCACCGCCACUGGAUGCCGUCGCUCCUUCGCUCAACCUCUGCCGUGCAGGACCAGGGCCACGAGGAGGACGAGGAGUCUUCGGACUACUCCGGCCAUGUUCUGGCUCUCAACGGCCACAAGAAAUACCUGUGUCUCUUCAGACCUGUCUUCACGGGGGACGAUCCCAACGACUCCUCGACAGAAACCUCGUUCUCCUCCGACAGUAGGAGAAAGUCCAGGUCGAGGUCCAGAUCCAGCUCCCACUCGAGGUCCAGGUCUCAUUCCAGGGAGGACGGGGCAGGAGGGAAGAGAGGCUCCAGUAGAGCCACCACCAUCGACGUCCACCACAAGCUGGACAGGCUGGGACUGUGGAUGGAGAGGCUAAUGGAGGGCACACUACCCAGACUACAGGUCCCUGCAUGGCCUAUUCUGGAUGAAACCACAAACAACUUCUCCACAGAGAGCUGAGCUCACAGUCACAGAGGUACGAAGGGUUGCAGAGAUAUUUUGGUCUCACCUUCUGUUUUAAGUUCUUUACACAGGUUGCUGCACUGAAAACGGUUUUAUCCUGUUUACAGAAUGUUAUUUAUUUAUCUGUUACAGAGUGUGGAGCAGAUAAGAGAUUUAGCGGUUAGACUUUGUGCACUAAUCGAACAUUUAAAAUGCGUUUAAGUGCAUGUUAAAAAGCUGCAAAAGAACGCAUAGAGAGGCAAAACUACAAAAGCUAAGCUGCUUGAUGACUUCUGCACAGAGACGCAGAGAAGCAAAACAAAAUACAAAAAAAAAACCUGUUAGGUUUGAGCUGUAGCCCACACAUACACGCCUAGUUUUCUCACACACACACACACAGGCAUGCUAACACAUAAUAGAAAAUGACCAUUAGCAACACUAACAGAAUUAGUGCCAUCACUGUCAUUAUAAUUUAUAAGGAAAAAUCAACGGCUAGAAGAGAUGCUUAGCUAGCUUAUAAGCACCUCUACAGAGUGCAACACUACAGCUGUGUCAUUGAACAAAAGCUGGCAGCCUGUGGGCUGAUAGAAUUAAAUCCAAAUGAUUAGCAAAUCAAGGAAGCUAGCCAUGUCACUCAUUUAAAUCAGGGAAUAGAUUGGAUGAUGAUGCCACAGUGCUCAGGCUGUCAUGUGUUUUUUUUGGUACCUUAGUUAUUCAAAGAAUCAUUUCCUCAUUAUUGUUUAAGAAGGGGGUGGAGCUUAGCCCUGCUGGCCCAUUUAUAGCAGCCAUCUCUGGUUGUUAGCCAUCUACAGCUACAUAAUCUUGCUUACCACGUGACCACUGGAGUUGUCUGUACACUCAACAAUCAUCCAGGUAAAGUCGUUAGCUGUGGUUUGCUGUGUGUGUGUGUGUGGAAUGUGCCUAUGUGCAGUAUGUGUGUGCUACAGAUAACAUCCAGUAAUAUUAGUUUUGAUCAUCUUUUAACUUUUGCCUCUGUAAAUUUCAAAAGAGGAAAUCUUAAAGCAUGACUUUGCGAUUUACUGUUGCUCUAGUUAAGUCCUUGAACAACUGAUCUCUAAAAUUUGCCUUAAGCCUAAACACCUCUUUUACAAUGAAAAGCCCUUCAGCCAAUGAGUUUGAGAUUUCACCUCUAUAUGUAUGUGAUCAGAUCUCCACAUGGGUUCAAAUAAAAACAAAAAGGCUUGGAGACUGAGACUGAUGCACUGACGUUAUGAAUAAAUUAUUAAUUUUUUUUUUUUUUUUUUUUACCUUCACGAGCCUUCAGUUAAACUUGAAAACAGAACAGAGAAUCUCACAUCACUGUAUGCGGCAAUAACCAGAUGACACCAUUUACAUCUCGUUUUUUUUUUACAUCUCACGUUUUUAAAAAACUGCGGGGAAAGAAAUUGAGGUUUUUACGCCUUGUAUCGAGUUAGCAUUUCUUGCUAGUGUUCAGUUGAAGUAUGCUUUGAGCCAAGUAGAAUUUUGAUGAAGUUAAAUAUGAUAUUGGCUCAGUGAUCUCAUAAUGUUCAAAACCGCCUCUUUGUCUGAUCUCGAUAGUUUUUUUUUUUACGUCAAUUGUCUGAAUCAGGGAGAAACAAUAACCGCUACCACAGUACAUUUUCCCCAUUUUCUCCCCUAAAAUUAUUGUGAACAUGAAUGCAUGAAAUAAUUAAACUUAAACUCACUAAUAAAUGUUAAGGGAAUUUGCGCUGGCAGCUUAAAUGUGUCAUCCCCUCUUUCUUCUUCUUCUACUCUGUAAUGGAAUCAUUUGCUGCUCAAACAAUAUUUGAAGUACACUGUAACUUCUAAUCCUUUUUUUGUUUAAUGUCCUUUGAACUUCAUCUAUGUCCACAUGAAAUUGUAAGAAAUGAAGUGUAACUUAUUUAAUAAACUUCUUUUAAAACAGAUAAUAAAACA